CAAGACACCUGUAUCUGAAACACAUUGGAGAGCUGACUCCACAAUGGAUUCCUCUGAAGGGGUAACGCUCCUUAUUGCCCUCUGCAUAUCCUGCCUUAUUGUGAUUCUUGGUUUUAAAAUCAUUUGGAGAAAUGGAAACCUCCCCCCAGGACCUAGACCUCUUCCACUGCUGGGAAAUUUGCUGCAGCUGAGAAAGGGGGAUUUUGUAGAAACUCUCCAGAAGUUUAGUCAACAAUAUGGUGAUGUAUACACGGUGUACCUUGGGACUCGGCCAGUAGUGGUGGUUACCGGAUAUAAGAGGGUGAAAGAAAUCCUUAUAGACAGAGGGGAUGAAUUUUUGGCUCGGGGAGACAUGAGCACCUUUGACACUGUCUACAAAAAUUAUGGAAUAGCUUUUGCCAGCAAUAUGCACCGAUGGCGAGAACUCCGACGUUUUUCUCUCUCUGCCUUACGAGAUUUUGGGAUGGGGAAGAGAAGCACAGAAGAAAGAAUUCUGGAGGAAGUCACUUGUCUGGUUGCAGAGUUAAAAAGAACCAAAGGAGCCAUUCUCGAACCUCGGGAAUAUCUGAGCAAAGCUGUUUGCAAUGUUAUUUUCUCUUUAAUGUUUGGAAAUCGCCAGGACUAUGAGGACGAGGAGCUCAUUAACGUCAUAAACCUGAUUAACGAAACAUUUGUAAUAGCUAGCUCACGAUGGGGACAGGUAAGACAGGAAAUGGUCUAUAAUACACCUCAGAUGAAUUUUAACAUUAGCAUAUUGUCCACCGACUAAAUGAUAGGUGAUAACGUGUUU